GACGUGUUGUCAAAAGUUUGUCAGAUUUCUUUGGUGCUCACGGAGAGGAACUCCCAUCGAAUUUUUGCUCCUCGUGAAAAUCCUUGAAUUUUCAGGAAACUCCCUCAAAUUUUCCCGUGAUAGUGAUGUGAUUUGCAGCACUGUGAACCAGGCAAUUGGUGAUUGUGCAAUAUGCAAGUGACGACAAGUGCGUAGGUAGUGUGUGUGGCAUGAAGAAAAUCCGUAACAAUAGGAAGUUCCACUAAUUAGUGAGGGCAGAAAAUUUUCUUUUACGAGAAAACUCCUUGAAAAGAAAAUCCGUGGCAUGGUGAGAGUUGUCGUUUGAAUCAGCAACAGUGAAAAGAAAAGUGAAGAACCAGGGAGAAAUGUCCAAAUUCAGCUCACUCGCCUCGGAACAGCGAUACUUGGAGUCCACGAUACAUUUUCUCUUCGAGGAAUGCAAAUCCGUGCACAAUGAGAAUACCUCCGUACUCAGAGAUCGCAUUAGAAGUUUACGCCGUGAGGAACGUCGUGAAGUUGUAAAGCAGACCCGUGAUGGGUGUUCACCGCUCUUCCUUGCCUGCAAGCACGGGAAUGUUCGUGUGGCUGAGCUGCUGAUCACGGAAUGUGAUGCAGACAUUGAGCAACGAGGGCUGUACGAAGUGCCGGAAGAUCGAUCUGUGCACUGCGUCACACCACUUUGGUCUGCCGCUGUGUCUGGGAAUUUGGCGGUGGUGAAGCUCUUGAUACGCUUUGGGGCGAAUAUUAAUGCUCUCUCGGACACUGGCAGCACCCCGGUGCGGAGUGCAUGCUACAUGACACAUGUGGAGAUUGUGCAGUACCUCGUUGAGCAUGGGGCGGACAUAACGAAGGCCAAUUACAACGGGGGCACGUGCCUCAUUAAUUCCGUGCAAUCUGUGACACUUUGUAUGUAUUUAAUCAGCAAGGGGGCAAAUGUGAAUGCGCGAGAUAUUCAGGACAAGACAGCUCUGCACUAUGCCAUUCAGGAGCAUCGCUUGGAAACGACGAAGCUCCUCUUGAAGCAUGGUGCUGAUCCAUUUGCAAAGAGUCGCUACGGGGAUGAUAGUUUGCAGCUGGCCUGCCUCAAGGGGGCUCAUCAGAUUUUUGAGUAUCUCAAGAAUCGCAUUAGCUACAGUGCUGAACGUCUUGCGGAGGCGCAUGAGCUCAUUGGGUCAACAUUUCUCGAUGAACAAAAUGAGACACGCAUUACGAUCCUCCACUGGAGGCUAGCUCAUCACAUCCGGCAGCGAGAAUCAGUCUAUAUUGAGAAAAAACCCGUUCUACCACCUCGGGAAGCCUUUGGGAAUGCCGUGGAGUUCCACACAAUUGCCGAAUUGGACAAUAUUGCCGCUGAUGUGGACAGCAUGAGGAUUCAGAGUUUGCUAAUUUGCGAACGAGUCCUGGGAAUUCAUCACAAGGACACGCUGUUUCGUCUAAUGUUUCGGGGUGCCUCUUAUGCGGAUUCUUUGCAGUUUCAGCGUUGCAUUGACUUGUGGUGCCUGGCGCUUGAGGUCAGAGUUGAGAAACAUUCAAUCCUUCAUUCAGAAACGUGCGUCACAGCUCAAGCAAUUGUUAAGCUGCUACUUGAUCAGCUUGAUAAGUACAUUCAUAUGAUGCCCAAUGAGAUUGUUGAUCAAGAUAUCCCACGCUUCCAAGAUGUUUACAAGGUUUUUAGGCUUCUCACAAGGAAUAUCAAUGAAUCUCGGCAGUAUCUGACCAUUAGGCCAGUCCAUAGGAAACAGCAGGAGAACUUUGAUAGAAUGCUUAAAUGCAUCACCCAUUUGAUCUAUUUGUUGGUCACAACGGCAAAUACAGAUGCAAAGAAGCAAUUGGUGGCAACGGCCGUGACUGAGCUAGUCAGCAGCAAUAUCAGGAGCGCCUGUACCAAUGAUACCCUCCUUCAUCUUUCAGUAUCAAGAUUGAAUGUCAUCAACAGUGGGUACUUUUCCGAUGACAAUAACUUGACGGUGAUCUUCCCGAGUUUAGAAGUAGUGGAACUACUUCUAUCGUGUGGGGCUGAUGUGAAUGUCCGGAAUGAGUCCAAAUCAACACCAUUGCACAUUGCAUCGAUGCCCUACAACUUCAACGUACGCCUCGUGCAUGCACUCCUUGAGCACGGUGCACAUCUCGAUCAGCCCAAUAAGGCGGAUGAUCGCCCAAUGAAUAUGAUCUCGGGCAAUCCGGGCAAUGAGAUUUGUCUAAUGAAUUAUAUCUCACUUAAAUGCCUAGCUUCCACCGUUAUUACAAAGUAUAGGAUUCCAUAUAGGAAUCAAGUUCCCAAAACAUUGGAAAUGUUUGUGCGACAGCAUGAAGUUUAAAAGUUUUUAAUGGGGAAUUAUUUGAAAGGAAAUAAAGAAGGAGAAAUGAUGAUAAAUCAGGAUUAAAAUUAUUGUUAAGUAGGUUCAAAUUAAACUAUUAUGUAAUAAUAAUUGCCUCAAGUGAAACUAUCUCUCUCAUGUAGUGACAAUUUAAGGGGAUUUCAAAGGACUUUAUUGUAUCAAUCAAAUCGUUUUAUGGUGCGUUUGGUGCGUUCUUUGCAUUUUUAAUGUGCAGAGAAAGGAGGUUAUUCAUUUUGUGGGUCACAAGUUAUUAUUUGAAAGAAAAAAAAAGAAAGAGACAAAGAAGCACGUGGAAAUUGUUUAAAAAAAAAUCUCCAAGAAAACCAAAAAAAAACUUUCAAAUAUUCUGAAAAGAUUGGCUAAAAACCACACAUCCAUUUGUUUCUAAUUUUGUCUUUGAAAGCUCAAAGCAUAUGCUUCAGAGCUCUGAGCAAUAAUGACUUCUUAAAUAAAAGAUCACAUUGACGUUUAUGCUUGAAUAAAUGCUUCAGAACUGUGAUCAAUGAUCGUUUAUUAUUUAAAUCAAUUUGAAUGUGAAAAAAAUCAACGUUUGAAGCAGUGAUGCAUAUGUUUUAUGCAUUUAAGUAAACUUAGAUACAAUGGGGGCGUGACAUAAUUUUCUUUAAGCGGUUUUAAAGAAAAUAUGAAGUUUCUUAGGAAUUUGAUUGAAUGUUUCUUCGCUUUUUACCUUUUAACAUUUUUGCAAGUUUUUUUUUGUUAAGUUAUUUAAAAUAUUAUCAUGAGAGCUUAAAAGUGAAUAAACUCCUUCAAAAAAAAUCUUUAGAACUCAAUUUCUCUUUCAAGUGUGCAAUAAAAAAAUUUGCAAUUUAUGUUAAUUAGAAAAAGAAAGAGAAAGAAGCUUUUAGAAUAUUUUGCAAGCAAACUAAAGAAGAUGUUCUGCAAUAAAAAUCGUGAAGAAAAAAUGUACACAAAGCAUAAAAUAAAUCAAAUUGAGUGAGCAAGAUGAAAUCUUCCCCAAAAAAAUAGCCUCAUUAACUUUUAGGCACGUUGUUCAAGUAAAAAGAAAAACUCUAUUGUUGUUUACUGUAAAUAUUAUAUAUUAUUGACAGUUGUGACUUCUUUGCACAGGAAUCACAUCUAAAAAAAAAACAAACACAAGGUCUCGUAGGGAUUCUAAUGAAAUACUACAUAAUAAAAAGAAAUUGCUUACAAUAGUUGUCUGUAUUUUUAAGUAGCAUUGAGAAGGAUAACUAAUUAUUAUAUAAUAAAAUUCAUUCUUCUGAAGAAUGCAAAAUACAAUAAUUGUGCUAGA